CGGCGGCAGAGGAGGAGGUGCUGAGGCGGAGGUGAGGCUCCGGCGGCGUCGAGUGACCGCAACCGUGCCCGCCCCGCUGUCGGCGGGUUCCUGGAAACAUGAUUGCUCACCAGUCUUGAUCUUGCAGCUUAGGAAAGACUCCUCCUCCAAUAAUGUCAAGCUCAGGCUACCCUCCUAACCAAGGAGCGUUUAGCACAGAACAGAACCGUUACCCGGCACACUCGGUCCAGUACACGUUCCCUGGCAGCCGACAUCAGCAGGAGUUUGCUGUACCCGAUUUUCGCACUUCACACUUGGAAGUCAGCCAGGCAACCCAGCUUCUGCAGCAACAGCAACAGCAACUCCGGCGAAGGCCUUCCUUGCUUUCUGAAUUUCACCCUGGUUCAGAUAGGCCUCAGGAAAGGAGGUCGGGGUACGAGCCACAAUUUCAUCCUGGCCCGUCACAAGCUGAUCAUGACUCCUUGGAGUCCAAGAGGCCACGUCUGGACCAAGUUUCUGACGCCCCAUUCCAGCGGGUCAGUGCUUCCACGGUUCUGCCCUUGGUCCACCCAUUGCAAGAGAGUUUACGUUCAGCAGACAUAAAGAAGGAGCCAGCUUUUGGAGGCAAGCAUGAAGGGCCGCCGUCACCGAUGUCAAGUCAGUCAUGCGGAGAUGACCAGAAUGCUUCUCCGUCUAAGCUGUCGAAGGAAGAGCUGAUCCAGAGCAUGGAUCGGGUGGACAGAGAGAUUGCCAAAGUGGAACAGCAGAUCCUCAAGCUGAAGAAGAAGCAACAACAACUCGAAGAAGAAGCUGCUAAACCUCCAGAGCCAGAGAGGCCUGUCUCCCCUCCUCCUGUGGAACAGAAACAUCGCAGUAUUGUCCAGAUUAUUUAUGACGAGAAUCGGAAAAAAGCCGAGGAAGCUCAUCGCAUCUUUGAAGGCCUUGGCCCCAAAGUUGAACUGCCACUUUAUAAUCAGCCAUCAGACACAAAGGUGUACCAUGAAAACAUCAAAACAAACCAAGUCAUGAGAAAGAAGCUGAUUUUGUUUUUUAAGAGAAGGAAUCAUGCUAGGAAACAAAGGGAGCAGAAGAUUUGCCAGCGUUACGACCAGCUGAUGGAAGAAUGGGAGAAAAAAGUCGACAGGAUAGAAAAUAAUCCCCGCAGGAAGGCCAAGGAAAGCAAGACGCGCGAAUAUUAUGAGAAGCAGUUCCCUGAAAUCCGGAAGCAGCGAGAACAGCAGGAACGGUUUCAAAGCCGGGACUUCUUUUCUUGUUACAUUCCUAGGGUUGGUCAAAGAGGGGCUGGCCUUUCGGCAACUAUUGCUCGAAGUGAGCAUGAAAUUUCAGAAAUAAUUGAUGGACUUUCAGAGCAGGAGAAUAACGAGAAACAGAUGCGCCAGCUCUCAGUAAUUCCUCCCAUGAUGUUUGACGCGGAACAGAGACGUGUGAAGUUUAUUAACAUGAAUGGACUGAUGGAAGACCCCAUGAAGGUGUACAAGGACCGGCAGUUCAUGAAUGUCUGGACCGACCAUGAAAAGGAGAUCUUCAAAGAAAAGUUUGUCCAGCACCCCAAGAACUUUGGCCUAAUUGCUUCCUACUUAGAAAGAAAGAAUGUUCCGGACUGUGUUUUGUAUUACUACUUGACCAAGAAAAAUGAAAACUACAAAGCCCUAGUGCGAAGGAACUACGGCAAGCGGCGAGGGAGAAACCAGCAACAGAUUUCACGUCCGUCCCAAGAAGAAAAAGUCGAAGAAAAAAUCGAGGAGGAGAAGGCAGAAAAAACUGAGAAAAAAGAGGAGGAAAAGAGAGAGGAAGAUGAAAAAGACGAAAAGGAAGAAUCCAAAGAAAAUAUCAAAGAGAAAGAUAAGAUUGAAGCUGCCCCAGAGGAGCCUGAGGAAAGGGAGCAGGCUGCUCCGAGGGGGCGGAAGACUGCCAAUAGCCAAGGCCGACGAAAGGGCCGGAUCACCAGGUCGAUGACAAACGAAGCUGCAGCAGCAAAUGCUGCAGCAGCUGCUGCUACCGAAGAUCCACCACCUUCGUUGCCUCCUCCUCCAGAACCUUCUUUGGCAGAGCCAGUGGAGACCUCCCGCUGGACGGAAGAAGAGAUGGAAGUUGCAAAAAAAGGGUUAGUGGAACAUGGACGAAACUGGGCAGCGAUAGCCAAAAUGGUGGCAACAAAGAGCGAGGCCCAGUGUAAGAACUUCUAUUUCAACUAUAAAAGGAGGCACAACCUUGAUAGUCUUCUUCAGCAAUACAAGCAGAAAUCUUCUCGAAAGCCCCGCGAGGAGCGCGAAGUAUCGCAGUGCGAAAGUGUGGCCUCAACCGUCUCUGCUCAAGAAGAUGAGGACAUUGAGGCCUCCAAUGAAGAAGAGAACCCAGAAGACAGCGAAGGUGAUUCCAGAGGUGCUGAGAAUAGCUCAGAUACUGAAAGUGCUCCAUCUCCUUCCCCAGUGGAAGCUGCCAAGCCCUCAGAAGAUGCCCCGGCUGAGAACAGCUCUUCUAGGAUAACCACAGAGGCAGCAGUGGAGCAGGAAUCUGCCAUUAAAACUGCCACGGCAGCGUCCCCUCCCUUGCCCGCUCAGAGCAUUAAGCCAGCUGAAAACGAGAAUGCCGAGUUGCAGGUGAAAGAAGAAGCAGUGACCGAAGGGGAGGAGUCCAUGGAGGUGGAGAAUCGGAGCCAGCCAGUCGAUAUCAAACCUGUGCUUAAUCUUCCCGUGCAUACCAAAGUGGAGCCCAUCGAUGCUGAAGUGAGACUCCCAGAGGAUGUUCAAGUAAAAAUGGAGAGUGAUGCCAAAGAAAGGGAUGAGGGCAAGCCCAAGGAGAAGCUCGAACCUGAAGACAUGGACUUUGGUCCUGCCCAGCAGGCCAGUGCCCCGAGGCUGGAACCCAACUCUGACAAUGAUUCCAGUGCCACUUGCAGUGCUGAUGAGGAUGUGGAUGGAGAACCUGAUAGGCAGAGAAUCUACACAAUGGACUCAAAGCCUUCUCUGCUGAACCCGACGGGGCCCUUGCUGGUGUCCCCCACCAUUAAGCAAGGGCAGAUGGACCUGCAGCAGCUUCAGCAUCGGGCUGCCAUAAUUCCACCCAUGGUCUCUUCUACAUUGCAGGGGCUACCCCAAGGGAUCCCGAUGAGUGGCUACACGCUCUUGCAACAGCAUAUUAAAGCCAUGCACAAGUCGACCAUGUUGGAGGAUCAGCAGCGCCAGAGGCAAGAACAAAUGGAAGUGGAUUGCCGGAGGUCAGCUAGUCCCUGUGGCACUUCCAAGAGUCCAAAUGUUGAGUGGGAUGGGAAACCGGUUGCCUACAUGCCUUAUGCUGAAGUGAAGCGUGCCAUGGAACAAGAAGCGCAGAUGCAGAAUGCGGUGGUGAGAUCUGCCUCACCCUAUCGCCUGUCUCCAAGGGAGGUCAGCAAGGCCUCUCCGCAACCGGACAUGAAUGCCACUCGCUACAGUGUUCCACCAGUUCUCCAACCAGCUCCUCAUCAAGUAAUCACCAGCCUUCCUGAAGGGGUCCGGCCCCCAACAACACGGCCCACCAGACCGCCACCCCCUCUGAUUCCAUCCUCCAAAACAGUGAUCCCAUCAGAGAAACCAUCCUUCAUUAUGGGAGGCUCCAUCUCACAAGGGACACCCGGAACUUACUUAACAUCCCACAGUCAGUCUUCUUACAGCCAAGAGCCACCAAAGCCAUCGGUGGGUUCCAUAUCAUUGGGCCUGCCGCGGCCACAAGAGUCUGCCAAAUCAGCUUCCAUGCCGUACAUCAAGCAAGAAGAAUUUUCUCCCAGGAGCCAGAACUCUCAGCCAGAGGGCCUGUUGGUCAGGGCUCAGCAUGAAGGCGUGGUUCGAGGUACAACGACUACCAUCCAAGAUGGAAGUAUAACAAGAGGGACACCAGCCAGCAAAGUUUCUGUCGAAACAAUGCCUUCCCUGCGAGGCUCCAUCACUCAGGGGACACCAGCUCUGUCUCAGUCUGGGAUUGCAGCUGAUGUGUUGCUGAAAGGAACCAUUACCCGGUUGGCCACGGAGGACAGCAGCCCUGAGAAGUGUAGGGAGGAGGCAGCGGCAGCCAAAGGCCAUGUCAUUUACGAAGGCAAGAGCGGGCACAUCAUAACCUAUGACGCCAUUAAGAACGUACGGGAGGGAAGCCGGAGUCCGAGAACUGCUCAUGAAAUGGGCCUGAAGAGGUCUUACGAUGCCAUAGAAGGAAACAUCAAGCAAGGGAUGUCAAUGAGAGAAUCUCCCGUCUCUACACCACUAGAAGGCUUGAUCUGCCGUGCUCUCCCUCGGGGAAGCCCUCACUCAGAACUGAAAGAGAGGACUGUGCUAUCUGGCUCCAUAAUGCAAGGUACUCCAAGAGCUACAGCUGAGAACUACGACGAAGGACUGAAGUACCCCAAGAUGAUUAAGAAGGAAUCUCCGCCAAUACGGAACUUUGAAGGUGCCAUUACCAAGGGGAAGCCAUAUGAUGGAGUCACCACCAUCAAAGAAAUGGGGCGCUCCAUCCAUGAGAUCCCACGACAGGAUCUGCUGAGCCAGGAAAGCCGCAAGACCCCAGAGAUAGUCCAGAGUGCUCGGCCUAUCAUUGAGGGUUCCAUUUCUCAGGGUACACCCAUAAAAUAUGAAAGCAGCUCAGGCCAGUCUGCUAUCAAACACAACGUGAAGUCCUUGAUCACUGGGCCAAGCAAGCUCCCCCGAGGAAUGCCACAGCUGGAGAUGGUGUCUGAAAAUGUGAAAGUCGUGGAGCGAGGGAAAUAUGAAGACGCCAAAGCCGGGGAGGUCCGUUCCCGCCACACGUCUGUGGUCAGCUCUGGGCCUUCAGUCCUCCGGUCGACUCUCCACGAAGCUCCCAAAUCGCAAGUAAGCCCUGGGAUCUAUGAAGACACCAGCGCACGGAGGACCCCUGUGAACUACCCAAGCAUGUCCAGGAGUUCUCCCAUGAUGAAUAGAGUGCCAGAAGCCAGCAUAUCUUCUGGGAAGAGUGCCAACCAUGAGAGGAAAUCUACACUUACACCAACGCAGAGGGAGAGUGUCCCAUCAAAAUCUCCAGUACCAGGGGUGGAUCCUGUGGUUGCGCACAGCCCCUUUGACCCCCACCACAGAGGUGCUACUCCUGAGGUCUACAGAAGCCACCUCCCUUCACACCUGGACCCUGCUAUGCAGUUUCAUAGGGCUCUGGAUCCCGCUACUGCCUACAUGUUCCAGCGCCAACUCUCUCCCACGCCUGGAUACCCAAGCCAGUACCAGCUCUAUGCGAUGGAAAACACCCGGCAGACCAUCUUAAAUGAUUACAUCACCUCCCAGCAGAUGCAGGUCAACCUGCGCCCUGACAUUGCCCGGGGGCUCUCUCCCCGGGAGCAAACGCUGGCACUUCCCUAUGCAGGAGCAAGAGGAAUAAUUGAUCUGAACAGCAUGGCUCCCACUAUCUUAGUACCUCACCCUGGAGGAACAAGCACUCCCCCGAUGGACAGAAUUACGUACAUCCCUGGAACGCAGCUUGCGUUCCCAACCCGACCCUACAACCCCCCCUCUAUGUCCCCAGGGCACCCUUCACAUCUGGCAGCUUCUGCUGUUGCAAAUGCUGAGAGAGAAAGGGAGCGUGAGAGGGAGAAGGAACGUGAACGGGAGAGAGAACGGGAGAGGGAGCGCGAGAGAGAGCGGGAACGGGAGAGGGAGAGAAUAGCAGCUGUUCCCUCCGAGCUUUACCUUCGUCCAGGCGCUGAGCAGCCAGGGAGACCUGGAAGCCAUGGCUACGUCCGCUCACCCUCCCCUUCGGUCAGGAGCCAAGAGAAUAUCUUGCAGCAGAGGCCCAGCAUUUUCCAGGGAUCCAAUGGAACGAGUGUGAUCACCCCUCUGGAUCCUGCUGCCCAGUUACGCAUCAUGCAGCUCCCUCCUGGUGCCCCCUCCAUAACCCAGGGCUUGCCUGCUUCACGAUUCAAUACAGCUGCUGACGCAUUGGCUGCUCUGGUGGAUGCAGCUGCCUCUGCCCCCCAAAUGGAAGUUGCUAAGGCAAAAGAGAGCAAGCACGAUGGGAGCCGGAUCGAAGAGAACCCGGGGCGUCGGUCAGCAGUGGUUAGCGAACAGCAGCAGAUGGAACAGAAAGUGCUAGAGGCAGAGAAGAGGGGGCCUCCAGGACCGUACACGUCAUCGUCAUCUGCCUUUUCCAGCAGCAAGCCUCAGAGCCAGUCGUCUUCAGCAAUCUACUCGGAAGCUGGGAAGGACAAAGGUCCCCCCUCCAUAUCCAAGUACGAGGAGGAGCUGCGGACCCGUGGGAAGACCACCAUCACAGCUGCAAACUUCAUUGAUGUGAUCAUCACGCGGCAGAUUGCCUCCGACAAGGAUGCUCGGGAUCGUGGCUCCCAGAGCUCGGACUCUUCCAGCAGUCUCUCUUCCUCCCACCGAUAUGAACCACCCCGAGACACCAUUGAAGUGAUUAGUCCCGCAAACUCGCCAAUCCCUUCUCAGGAGAAGAUUCCACCUUACCAGCAGGAGGCUCCCAAAAUGACCCAGACAGAAAGAGACCGUCAGUAUGAGGGGCCGAUUCAUCCUUACAGGCCACCGCAUGAUUCACCGUCGCCGCAGCCACCCCCUUCCUCCCAGGCAGAUGGGAUGGGACCCGUGCCACGAACUCACCGGCUGAUCACUCUUGCUGAUCACAUCUGUCAAAUCAUUACACAGGAUUUUGCUCGAAGCCAGGCUUCUACACAGCCAUCUCUCCAGCCUCCCACUAGCACAUUCCAAACCUCUGCUCCCACUAACGUCACCACAUCAAAUCGGGUGAAAACCUCAAACCGCUACAGCCCUGAAGCGCAGAUGCAGCCUGGCCCCCACCAGCGCCCGGGUGCCCGAGUGUCCCCAGAAAACCUCUCUGACAAAGGCAGGGGAAGGCUUGGAAAGUCCCCUGAGAGAAGCCACCUUUCUUCGGAGUCUUACGAGCCGAUCUCACCACCUCAGGCCCCAGCUGUGCAUGACAAGCAGGAUGCCCUCUUGUUGCUCUCCCAAAGAUCUGAGCCUUCGGAACAGAGGACGGACUCUCGUUCUCCAGGGAGCAUCAGCUACCUGCCUUCAUUUUUCACCAAGCUUGAGAACACCUCGCCGAUGGUGAAGUCCAAGAAACAGGAGAUAUUUCGUAAGUUGAACUCCAGUGGUGGAGGCGACUCUGAGAUGGCUGCUGCUCAGCCAGGGACGGAAAUCUUUAACCUGCCAGCAGUCACUACCUCAGGUCCAGUCAGUGCUAGAGGUCAUUCCUUUGCAGAUCCUGCCAGCAACCUGGGCCUGGAGGAUAUCAUCCGCAAGGCGCUGAUGGGCAACUUUGACGACAAAGGGGAGGACCACAGCAUCGUCCUGGCUCAGCCCAUGGGGUUGGCAUCUGGCAACUCCAGUUCGGCAUUGCCAGGAAACAGCGAAACCCGGAGGGAAGAUAUUAACCCGUCCCCCAAUCCGGGAGGAGGAGUCAGCAAGCAGAAGCUGAUGGGCAAAUCCGGGAGCCGGAAGUCUAAGUCGCCGAUUCCUGGGCAGGGCUAUUUGGGAGCAGAGAGACCUUCGUCUGUCUCAUCGGUGCAUUCAGAGGGAGACUAUCACAGGCAGACAACACCCGUGUGGUCGUGGGAAGACAGGCCCUCCUCGACAGGAUCGACCCAGUUCCCGUACAACCCUCUGACCAUGCGCAUGCUGAGCAGUACCCCUCCAACUUCAAUGGCCUGCGCCCCAUCCUCCGUCAGCCAGGCUGCAUCUCACCAACCCAACCGGAUAUGGGAACGAGAGCCAGCGCCCCUCCUGUCAGCACAAUACGAGACUCUUUCAGACAGCGAUGACUGAACCGUAGGGGAAAGGGGACCUUCGGGAAAACGCCCAAGUCCUUUGCAGGGUCGAAAGGCUGAUGAUUAUUUUUUUUUAAUAUGUGCCCAAAGACUUUGGAAAGAGAAUGGGGGUUAUGCCAGGUGAAGAAGUGACAAGAAUCUGUUCUGCGGCAGCCCCAUUGAAAGAUUUCUUGCUGCACCUGGAAUUGUCAGCACCCUGAAGAUUUAAAUAUGUAAAGAGUUUUUAAAAAGAGGACUUAUUCCUGAGCGACAUCUUAUUUGUAAAGAGAACCAUAACAUAAUGUCUUCAAAAAAAAAAUCAUUCUUAUGUAAAUAGAGUAAUUUUCUGCAGUGGUUUUUCCCCUCCCCUCCCCUGGCUAGAAUAUCUGGUGUACUUAUGUUCAAAAUCAUUGCAUAAACUUUUGGGGGUCAUUUUAUAUUUUUUUUAAAAAGCAUUUUCUCAAGUGUAGGUUGUUCAUAAUCUUUUAAGGCGCAGCCCACCUAGAAGAUCAGCCCUUCAUGCCCUCACUGAAAUGAAGGAUAGAUUUGUGCAUUAUGUUCCGAUAUUCCAGGUGGGAUCUCUGCCCUUGGCCACCUCAGGCACGGAGCCUCCUUGGCUGGUCUCCCAAGUACUGCUGUUCACAGGAAGUGCGGAUUUUAUUUUUCAUCUAAUUCUAGACACAUUUUUUCCUUCUGUGGUUGUUCAAGAUCUUGUGGAAAAUAACUUUUUAAAAAAACUGAACCCGCCCCCGCACCCCAGUUCUGUACAUUUUAACUAUUCUCUGGAAUUACAAGAUUUUUUUAAAUGAUUCUGCCACACUGUAAAUUUUUUCCAUCAAGUAAUUUUUGUUCAACACUGUGAAAAUAAUAUUGCAUGGGUACAUAAUGGUGAAUUUCCCCCCUCUCUCACUCACAGACAAAAACCCUUCCGUGAGAAAAGCCAGCAUUCCUUGCUUGAACACACUAAACUGCUGUAAUUGUGCACUCCCCUCUGAAUUCUUGCUCAUCGCCGGUAGUUGUUUUUAUAUUGUCUGCUGCUGCUUUGAAACCAAACUUUGCUCUUCCACACACAGCCAGUCUCUUUAAACUAAAAGGCUCUUGGCUCUGUGUUUGAACUUCUUCUCACAAGAAAGAUAUAGCUCUUUAGUCCUGUCGCAGAAUGUUCCCCCCCCCACACACACACACCCCUUUCCUGUCUGUUGUUUUAUGGAAAAUGCCGAUUUUCUUGUAGUUUAUUCCCUCACACUUAUUUGAAGCUUUCUCAUUUUAUAUCAAUGUGCAGAUCCUGGUUUGGUAUGAUUCUUGACUCAAGCCCCCCCUUCUUGUUUUUCACAUUCUCCGCAAUGCCUGCUCCAGUUUUUUUUGGCGGGGGGGAUUUCACUGGUUCAUGGAACUGUCCUUUAGGGAUCUGAACUGAGAAACUGCAGGAUUGCUCUUAUGAAUGAGGGAGAAACCUAAACGAGGAGUUGGGGAAUAACUUUUUAAAGAUGAUACACCAUGUGAGGCAGCAUCGCUUAGUUUGAGUGAGAAAAGCUGUGUGCUGAUUUCAUCUCUGGAAAAGUUUGCAGUUGUCCUCGAGCAUCAGUGAUUUUUAGAUGCUUGGGGUGGUAGACAAUGUGAGCGCUUCAUGGCUCAAAGGGAAGCACAGAAGAUGCCAAUGCUCCACACACCUUUGAAAUGAAGGAACCCCAUCAGGCUGAGCCUAGGAUGGCAUCAAGACUCAGCUGCCCCAGUUGCAUGUCGUCUUUGUCACACAACAUGGUAGUCACCACUGGAGACUUGCUGAUAACUGAGACAAAAAAGGCAUGCUUCUUCUAUACCUUCACUUGGAUGUGGUAUUCACUUAGGACUGGUUUGGUGGUGGGUGGGUAACACAGAACCUCUGCCUUCCUUGGGAAAUAGCCAAAUGUGUUCCUUUUUCUCCCCACAAUGAGUUGCGUUUUUGGGUUGGUUGUUGUUUUUUUGGGAUGAUUGUAGCAAAAUGUCUACAAAGUGCAAAACUAGGAUAUGUAAAUGAAGAGCACCCACAUGCUCUGUUCACAAGAAAGAAGCAAAAGUCUAUUUGUGAGCUGCUCUUUUUUGCCUACCCCCCCCCAUAGUCUUACUACUCUCAUGGUUGAACAGAGGGGUUUUAAAAUAAGGCAGAAUUCAGAACCAAAGUGGAGAUGAUUUGGAAAAAAAAAGACACGUUUUCAUGCGGGGGAGGGGGGGAUCUGUAAAUCAUAAUCUCCAAAAAUAACUUUAUGCAGUUUUGUGUGUUGUUCAAAAGAAUUUCUGAUCAGUGCUUUUCUUCUUGGUAUGUUCAAUUCUCAUGCAUAGAGCUUUAGAUAAUUUGGGGGGGGCAUAGAUGGGGGGAAGCAACCUAAACCCAUGCAUCUUGAAACCUUUCUAUUUUGUUCAUACCCAUGUUUUCAGUACAAUGGACUUCUGCAAUUCAGACCAAUCCAAAUAAAAGGGGAUCAGUACUCCACAA